CAAUUACCACGUUCUAGUGACGUCUAAAACGGCGAUAACAGGUAUAUACUACUAUACUAGGUAGUUUCAAUCUUUCCUUUUUAUGGUCUGGAAAGUUUGUUGCUUGAAUGGUUCCUCUGCACUCAGUGAAGUACACUACCGAAAUUCAUUUCAAUACCUUAUGAAAAUUGAUGAUGCUUGUCAUGACCAAAUUACAUAAGGAAAAACUUAUGAAAAGAGUAGAAAAAACGUAAUAUGAAGCAGACUGGAAUCGAUCCAUGAACGUCGAGAUCACCGAGCUCGUGCCCAACCCACGACGCUUGAGAAUAUCGUGUUGCUGAAUGUGUAUAAAAGCCAAACUGUGAGUCGAUUCUGCGUCAUGAAGUGACCUUUUGAAAUUCAUUCUAAUCGUUAUGAAUUGCUUAAAGGCCAUUUUCAAAGUUAGACUUUAUAAUGACCUUAGGUUUAUUUGGAUGAGUGUGUUAUUGGUUUUUUUUUUUCAGUCUGUCCACUUCGUCGAAGACCAUAAAGCGAUCCGACAUUUGUGAUAAAAGUUAUGGCGUUACGAUCGUCUAAUAAUGCGCGGACGCAAAUUUUGCAGCUGCAUCCAAACUAAAUUCCACUCCAUUUUCAUUUUCUGCUAAAACUGUAAGAAUUGUUAGUAUUGUUAGUGACAAAUUCGGAAACCUUUAAUCUUAAACAGUACAAUUUACAAGCAUGUUUUGCUGUAUUCUCAGUAAAAAAUCGAACUUGUUCGGUCUGGCGAAGCUCAACCCAUUUGGGGAGACGUUUUGCUGUUUUGUUCUCAGCUUUCCUACUACGGCGGGCCUAUAUUGACAAGCACUCAAUCACUUCGCAGAACGUAGCCGCGAAGCAAAGUAGACCCGUAUGUAUUCGCUCCUCAAACGAUGUAUGUAGGUACCUACCUAGGAAACGAGCAAUCACGUCGUUCGUCCACCUAGCAAGGCGAAGGAACGACUUUGCAAAAAGAUGUCCAAAUUUGGAGCAUUUAAGGUCAGCUGUUGAUGAGUAACCGAUAGUUAUAUAAUUUAAUCUCUCGUGUUUUUUCCUCUUUUUGCGCCAAUGUCUGAGGUCAAAACUGAGUGCCUGCUGGCGCUGACUGGUGCUGCUGCCCGACAGAUAGGCUGGAUUUAUGUACCCUCAUGCGGACAUAAAUUGAGCCCCUCAAUGUAUAACUCCCUUCGGUCAUGCGCUGCGUUCGUUCUCUGCUCCGGCUGUGUGUCGCGCAGUCAUGAAGUCGUGAAUGAGCAUUCGUUUAAUCCUAUUUAUGAGCAAUUUAGCUCGACCGGAACACACUAGGCCGCAGCGCAGAGACAACAUGCUACCAUGUGUAUUGUAUACAUAGUGUUCUUAGCAGAGACGCGACGACGAGAUGACCGUGCCAGAGCAGAGAGAGAUUGAUAAUCAAAUUGAUGUGGUCGUUAAUUUCAAUGCGCUUUUGCAGCUGCAAUCAGUGUACAUGAUCGCGCAUUAACGAUAAUGUGACUUUGGAACUUCUUGGCGAGAAGACAAUCUAGACACGGCCGGCGCGCAGAUGAUGGUCACCGAAGACUGAUAAAUUAUAAAAAGGGGGUUUAGUCUUUUCUGCUUUAAAGUGACAUCUCUUUUCGUUAUCCCCCCUUCUUUGUCAUACCAUUCUGGGUCAACUGGUUAUUGUGUAGUCAUCAACGAGUGUUCGUUAUUCUGGUUUCUCGUGGAGAUAGGAGAAAGCAUUCUUCAGCACUUAUACGCUUUCACUCUGGAAAAAUCGCGGGAGGAAUUUCUGAAGAAAUCCCUGAAAGUAUCCAAGGAGGAGUCCCGAAAAGAAUCCCUGGAAAAAUAACGGAGGCAAUCUCUAUAUAAAUCUACUAAGGAAUCCCGGAAAGAGUCCUAGGAGGAAUCUCUGGAGGAAUUGCCAAAGGAAUCACGAGAGCUAUCUCUGAAGACAUCUCUGGCGGAAACCCUGGAAAACCUCGGGAGGAAUCUCUGCAGAAAUCCUGAAAUAAGUCCUACCCAAGUAACAUUUUGAUGACCAAUUAGUUUUGUAGAGGUUUUGAGUUUCGCAAUAAACCAAUUGCCUUUUACUUUAGAUUUAUGAUGUUAUUAAGAACAUCUUCUAGUGUAUUAAAAAAAAUGUUACUUGGGUAGAAAGGAGCUUGGGAAGAACCGCUGGAAGAAUCUCGGAAGUAAUAUCUAUAGAAAUCAUUGAAGGAAUUCCGGGAGGAAUCCUAGGAUGAAUCUAGAGAUGAAUUUCUGAAGGAAUCGCGGGAAUCUCUGGAGAUCUCUCUGACAGAAAUUCUAGAAGAAUCCCGGAAGGAAUCUCUGGAGAAAUCCUUAUAGAAAUCCCACAGGAUUCCUAGGAGGAAUCCCGCGAAGAAACCCUUGAAAAAAUCCGGAUGAAUUCUCUAUAGAAAUUCUUGAAGGAAUGUCGGGAGAACUCUUGGGAGGAACCUCUAGAAGAAUUUCUGGAGGAGUCUCGGCAGGAAUCUCUGGAGAUAACUCUGACGGAGACCCUGAAGAAUCCCGGGAGGAAUCCUUGAAUGAAUCCUGGGGAAACCCCCAGGAAGAAUAGCAGAAACAAUCUCUAUAGAAAUCCAUGGAGGAAUCCCGGCGAGAGUCCUACGAUGAAUCCCUGGAGGAAUUUGUAAAGGAAUCGCAAGAGAUCUCUCUAAAAGAAACCUUAGAAGAAUCCCGGAAGGAAUCUCUGGGGAAAUCUCGGCAGAAUUCCUAGGAGGGACCCAGCGAAGAACCCCUGGAAGAAUCUCUGAAGUAAUAUCUACAGAAAUCAUUAAAGAAAUUCCGGGAGGAAUUCUUGGAUGAAUCCCUGGAGGAAUUUCAGGUAUCUUUGGAAAAAUCCUUAAAGAAAUCCCCACAGGAUUCCUAGGAGGAAUCCCACAAAGAAACCCUAGAAGAAUUCCGUGAGUAAUCUCUAUAGAAAUCCUUGAAGGAAUCCCGGCAGAAGUCUUGGGAAGAAUCACUGUUUACGCGAAAUGAAUGAGUUACGAAAGAAAAAGGAAUAUUGUAUGACGUCAUGAACUAUUACGGAAAGAUAUACAUUUGGGCGCCCUGUAGAAUAGAACGCAGUGAUAGGUAGGAACUUUUCUGUGUAGACAGUUUGCGCGCCUAGAAUGAAAGCUCACGAGGUAGUGUGGAGAAUAGAAAACGUACAGUCCAUUCAAAACGGAAUAGGCAAGUGAUCGAUAGGCAUGAAUGAACAUGCAACAGUCCACUAGGAAGCUUCGCGGUGUAAGGUCGUCGCGGAGACGAAAAAUGUAAAGUUUUUGAAUAAAGUGUUUCGUUUAAUUUAACUACGCGUUAAUCAUUCAGCGCAUCUGAAAUUCCUUCCGGUGAAGACCAACCCCUUAGCUAUCGUUGGAACAUUUUGGUCCUUCGAACCGGAUGUUGUGAUCGGUUUUCCCGGAUGUUUCGAAAUUUGUAGCUGUUACGCGUGUGGGAGAAGAGCACCUAGUGCAGAAGUGCGGUCCGUGACCGGAAAAUGAAAAUGAUUACCCAUGUCCGUGACAUAGUGUAAAUUGAAUGCAUCGUGCGCAGUAGUGCGGCCCGUGGCCAAAUCGUGGUAAUCGGAAUAGCCCGUGGCUAUAAGCAAAAACUGUACGUCGGUUGAAUGAGGUGUGGCCCAUCGCCGAAGACAGCCAGGAAGAGUGCAUGUGAUAUGUUCAGAGUGAACAAACAUGAGCGAUAGUGAAACACCGCGGGGAGUGUUGAAAACGAUUUCGAAACGAAAUAUUUUGGAAGCGUUAACGGGAUCGCGAAGUGAGGAAGCACCGCCAGUUCCAUCGGUGGCGGAACAAAAGAUUGCAAAACAAGUUCUUGAGAAGAAGAAAGCGAUGGAAUCGAAACUGGAAGUGUUGACGGAUCGGCGUGAUCUCAUCACGGAGAAAUUGAUACGAAUGAAGGAGUCAUUGCGAGAAGGUGUCAGCAUACAUUUGCUCAGCCUUCACCUUGAAACACUGCGGCGGUGCGCGGAUGAGUUCGAUAAGGUUCAUGUCGAAAUGUCCGCACUGCUGCCGAAGGAACAACGAACCGUAAUACGUCAGGAGUAUGCGGUAUUCGAGGACAUCCACAACGAACUUUACGUUGAUUUGCAAACACGAAUCGCCCAAGCGCAGGAGGCAGGUCGCGUAAAUCCAGGUACGUCACACAGUUUAAGCAUUCCAGGUGUCCAGCAGCCGAUUAUCGUGCAGGCAGCUGCCCCGCAAUUGCACGCUCCGUUUCCAACAUUUGAUGGGACACCGGAGAACUGGUAUAGCUUCAAGAGCCUCUUCAACAGCAUCAUGGCGAAAUAUCAGAACGAGACACCGGCGAUGAAGAUAUUGCACUUGCGUAAUUCUCUCGAAGGUGAUGCGAAGAGCAAAAUUGACCAAGACGUCGUGAACAACAACGACUACGAGAAGGCCUGGAAGAUUCUUGAGGAUGCCUAUGAGGAUAAGCGGCUUAUAUUGGAUGCGCACAUCGACGCUAUUUUGAAUUGCGCAAACGUUAGCAAGGACAACCAAGCGAAAUCGAUUUCGGAACUAGUGGAAACCUGCUCGAAGCAUGUUGAUGCCUUGGAGGGUCACAGCUUUCCUGUCGAAGGUCUGGGAGAGUUGAUUUUGCUUAACGUUAUCUACAAAAAGUUGGACAAAGUGACACAGGAGCAGUGGGAGAUGAAGGUGCCCAAAGGAGAGGUACCAGAAUACGAAACGUUCAUAGAGUUUCUUCGUGAACGAGGACGCGUUCUGCAGCGAACGAAUCGCUCAGAGCAGCAGCAGAAGGGACAACCAACGGUUCAAACGAGACAACGUGAUGCAGUAGUUGGUCACAAGGUGCCAGCACAUCCACGGAAGUCUUUUAUCCAAACAUCUACAGAAACGUGUCCGUGCUGUCAGGCCGAGCACUCGAUCUACAAGUGUUCGAAGUUCCAGAACAUGAAUUUCGUUGAACGGAAGUCUGUAGCCGCAAGGGUAGGCUUGUGCUACAACUGUUUGAAAAGAAAUCAUCGGGCCAUUGAUUGCGAGUCCGAUCAGGGGUGCAAGGUCCAAGGUUGUGGUCGGAAGCAUCAUAGUCUUUUGCACCCCAGCGAACAAACCAGGUCUUCGUUUCCAGUCACGCUGGAAGAUGCCAACGAAUCAAAUAGGCAGGAAGCAGAUGGUGCACGUGCAACUACAAUGAGCGCACAGACCGUGCGCAUAGAAACGGCAAAACGGCAGGUGCUGCUGUCAACUGCAGAGGUCUUGGUGGUGGGACAUGGAGGAUCCACCGUCAAAUGUCGGGCAUUGCUGGAUUCGGGUUCUGACAGUCAUAUUCUCACAGAGAAAUUGGCCAAUAGAUUGAAGCUGAAGAUGAGCCGAAUCGACCUCCCAAUCAGCGGCCUCAACGACAUCCAAACAAAAGUAAGACAUCUUGUGUCGACAAAAAUUCGGUCUCGGAUCAACUCGUAUACAACGAGAGAAUUGGAUUUCUUAGUCGUACCCAAAAUUUCAGCGAAUAUUCCACUGGCUGAGAUUGAUUCUAGAUCCUGGAAGAUACCAACCGGCAUACAGCUAGCGGAUCCAUCAUUCCAUGUUGCAGCAGAAGUAGAUUUGAUCAUCGGCAACGAAAUAUUCUUCGACUUGGUUAGGAGUGGGCGUUUGAAGCUACAAAACAGUUCGAUUACGUUGGCUGAAACCGAGCUUGGCUGGGUUGCUGGAGGGUCAGUGCUAAUGAAGAGGAGUGCACAGCGUACACGUGUUUGCCAGUUCAGUCGCCAAGAACAAAAGCAUCGACCACUGUCGGCAGCAGAAGCAGCCGCCGAGCAGUCUCACAGGGAGACGCACGCGAGGGAUGAACCAGACCGCUUCGAAGUACGAUUCCCAUUCAACGGCAAAAAGUUUCAACUUGGUGAUCCUUACGUUAUGGCGAUGAAGCAUGGCGGAUGGCUGGUUUCCUUAUCGAAGAAUCCGGAGGAGCGCAAACAGAAUUACAAUGAUAUGAUGGAAGUGAAUCUGAAUAAAAAGAAGAACAUGAUUAGUGCAACCGCAAAGGACAGAACAAAAACAUACUACAGAUCAAGGGAGUGGUUACAAGGAUCCGAACAUUUGUUGAGCCAGAGGUCUCAACGGGGGGUGAAUGUUUACGCGAAAUGAAUGAGUUACGAAAGAAAAAGGAAUAUUGUAUGACGUCAUGAACUAUUACGGAAAGAUAUACAUUUGGGCGCCCUGUAGAAUAGAACGCAGUGAUAGGUAGGAACUUUUCUGUGUAGACAGUUUGCGCGCCUAGAAUGAAAGCUCACGAGGUAGUGUGGAGAAUAGAAAACGUACAGUCCAUUCAAAACGGAAUAGGCAAGUGAUCGAUAGGCAUGAAUGAACAUGCAACAGUCCACUAGGAAGCUUCGCGGUGUAAGGUCGUCGCGGAGACGAAAAAUGUAAAGUUUUUGAAUAAAGUGUUUCGUUUAAUUUAACUACGCGUUAAUCAUUCAGCGCAUCUGAAAUUCCUUCCGGUGAAGACCAACCCCUUAGCUAUCGUUGGAACAAUCACUAUAAAAAAAUCUGGAGGAAUCUCUGUAGAUAACUCUGUCGAAAACCCUGGAAGAAUCCCAGGAGUCCCUAAAGGAGUCCCAGAAGGAACCCUAGGAUGAAUUCUGGGGAAACUCCCAGGAACAAUCCCGGAAAUAAUCACUAUAGAAAUUCUUGAAGGAAUCCCGGUGAGAGUCCUGAAAUGAAUUCUUGGAGGAAUUUCUGAAGAAAUCGCGUUAGAAAUCUCUAGAGAUCUCUCUGCCAGAUACCCUAGAAGAAUCCCGGAAGCAAUUCCGAUAGAAAUUCUUGAAGGAAUACCGGGACGAGUCUUAGGAGUAGUCCUAAAAUAAAUCCCUGGAGAAAUUUCUCGAGGAAUCUCUGGAGAUAACUCUGACAGAAACCCUGGAAGGUUCCCGGCAAGAAUCUCUAGAGAAUUUCCUGAAGAAAUCCUGAGGAAAAUCCCAGGAAGAAUACUCGGAAACGGUAUCUAUAGAAAUCCUUGGAGGAAUCCCGGGAGCAGUCCUAGGAGUAAUUCUAAGAGAAGUGUCUGCAGAUCGGACAAAUAAUUAGGAAUCACACGAUAGAUUGUUUCCAUCUUAGGUGUUUCCCAAUGAGAUGAAUCCCAAUCCAACGUCUCUGAAAUCACGCCGCAGGAGCUUGCGUUUUUUUUCUGCCUUUGCACUCGAGAAGCCCAACAGAAUUUCUAAAACAAAAUACUCCCGUCAAAAUUCUGGCAUAAUUUCUGCGGUCCCUCCAAGGCCUUUUUAUAAUUUCUGCCAGGAUAAUUUCCAGGAACUUCUUCAAAAAGUUUCCCUAGUUAUUUAUUCAUUCACGUAUUCCACUAUACAUAGUUUGAGGGACUCAAAUUCCCUCCCAAAUUCAUAAAGGAUGUCCAUCUUAAAUUCCACAAGGACCUACUUAUAGGGUUUCACCUGGGCGUCCAGAAGAAAUUGUUGCUUUCUAAAGUAAAUGUUGCAGACAUUUUUACUGAAAUGCUUACGGAUAUAUAAGUCUAUCCGAAGGAAUCCCAACAGAAAUUUCCGGAGGAAACUCAGUGCAAAGUUUCAGGACUUCUCAAAGAAAUUCCAAAAAGCUUCUCGGAAAACUUAAGAACCUCUGAUAUGCUUUCCCUUCUUUAAGAUAAAAUGUCAUGGGUUUCUUUCAGAACUGCUAUACAACUGAGUGACGGGUUUCCCUAACGAAUGCUACCAGCAAUCAUCCAGAAUUUGCUACAAAUAUUUCUUGAGAAAUUUUCCCGACAGGAUUCCCAAAAAAAAUUCCUCCGAGGGUUUCUCCACGUAUUUCUUCGGCGAUUCCUCCAGGACUCCUUCCUGCGAUUCCUUUGGGAAUCCCAUUGGUGAUUCUUUCCCUUAGUGGAUUGAUCCAAAAAAUCUUCAAGGAAUAUGCGAAGUCCGGGAAUUUCUCCGGCAAUUCUUUGAGAAUUCCGCAGCAAGUUCCUUCGGGAUUUCCUAGGCAAAUGUUACCAGAAAAUCCUUUGAGAAUUCUCCACAAACUUCUCCGGGAUACCUCAAGGAGUUCAUCCAGGCCAGGUUUGCCCCUGAGGAUUGUUUAACAAAUCCUUCUCCUGGAAUUCUUCCGGCGAUUUCUCUAGGCGCUUUGCCGGGGAUUGUGGGAAAAUUAUGCCCAUGCCCAGGAAAUACUCCAGGAUCACUUUAGGAAAUCCUCCGACAAUUCCUCCAGGAAUUCUUCCGGCGAUCCCUUCAGGAUAUCCUCCAGAGAUCUUCCGGGAAUUUUUUCAGCAACUCUAGAAAUUUCCCGGGAACUCCUCUAAAAAUUCUUCCGGGAACUUCUCCGCAGGAAUUCCUACUGGAAUUCCUCCGGAAAUUUCUCCAGGAAUUCCUCCAAGAAUUACGACAAGAACUCUUCCAGGACUUCUACGGGAAUUCUUCCAGAAGUUUCCCGGGAACCUCUAGGUAAGCCUCCGGAAAUUCUUCUAUGUAUUAUUCCAGAACUUCGUCUACGGAUUCCCCCGAUAAUUACUCUUGAAAAUCUUUCGGAAAUUAAUACAGGAGUUCUUCUGGCAAUUGUUCCAAGAAUUCCUCCGGAAACUCCGGGAAUCUCAUGAGGAAUCCAUGAAAGAUUCCCUGGAGGAAUCCCGGAAGAAAAUCUUGGAAGAAUCCCAGGAGAACACCUUUCAUAAAAAAAAACCUUCAACAAACCAUGGAACAAACUGGAAGAAUUUUUGUUGAAGUAAGUACCGGGUAGAAUCCCUGAAGGAAUUCCUAGAGGAAUCUCUGGAAAAAUUUCUGCAAGUAUUCCUGAAAGAUACCCGGAGAGCAGAUGUACUUACUCGUAUACAAAAUUCAAUUGGAUGGCCAUUCUGUGAUCAUAUACUAAAUCUUAAAGGUCCGAUGUAAAUAUGACAAUAAAUUACAGCUUGUGCUGGAUGAGUACGACUGGAAUAUAUUGAAUCCGGAAUGCUGGCUUUCUCAGUCUUGGGUAAAUCAAAACGGCUAGUUCUGCUUUACCCAACGUUCCGGCUUUUUUAUUAGGCCUUUUUCAAGGGGAUAGCUGUCAACCGUUCCUCGCAAUACCCUAUGUAACAAAGAACAGUUGACAGCUAUUCCGUUGAAAAAGGCCUAAUAAAAAAGCCGAAACGUCGGGCAAAGCAAAACUAACCGUUUUGCAAGACUGAGAAAGUCAGCAUUCUGAAAUUACAGAUUGUAUGAAAAACAGCAGUCCUGUAAAAGCCCUCCAACCAUUAAUGCAAAUUUCCUUAACUAAGGAAGACCCCAGCCCGCUGAAUCCAACUGACUUCCUAAACUUGAUCGAAUACUACAUGAAACCCGGUAGACAAUCACUUGGCGCAUGUUCGUUCGCCAGCAAUCGUUAAUGAGACACGUGUGCAAAUAGGUAUUCCUAAAUUUGCAACCCUUAUUAUCCGAACGUGCGCCACUACUAUAGGUCCCCAUCAUCUACAGCCCACAAAGCACAACACUGCUCCGUAGAUAUUAUGUAAGGCCAGUGCGUGAGUGCAGUUAGUUGGCACGAGAAUUGCACGCCCUCCCUGCGCGACUUCAGCGAGGAGGACCAAACGACAAGUUGUCAACUGUUCGCACUUUUGACCGGUCGCCUGUCGCCAUGGGCGCUGCUGGUGUUGUCUUUGUUGGUACAGUAUAUUACCCAGUAGCUGUAGCUCUACAAAUGCGUUGUUUGUUGGAAUUGUCAGUAAGGAAUAAGAGAGGUGUGCAGUGCCAUUUGUACUUGUGCACGCGUCGCGUAUUCUUGGUUCGCGCGUCCACCGCAACCAGACCCAAAGAGCGAAGGCAAAGUGGGUUCCGCACGAUCCGAGAAGACGGGUCGGUGUUCCAGUCGCGUAGUAAUGAAGGGGCGCACAUAUUAGCAUCUGGAGAUUUGAACAGACUUCUGGUUUGAAAUACAUACCUAUUAACCAAAAUUCUAGAAUUAAUAUUAGGGAAUGAAGCUCAAGCUCCAGCCAGAUCAGGUACACUUACAGGAGAAACCAACGUAUAUCUACCUGGAGCUAUUCUCAGUAUAUAAGUGUUGGUGUACCUCAGGGAUGCCAGAUUUAUCUGUAUUACUUAUAUAGAUUUUUGAGCAUCCGUACAAAUUUUGUUUUAUAUGAAAUACAGAUUUGUGAGCUAGCCCGAGUAGAAGGGAAUAUCAAACUAAUAACUGUCAAAUCACAUAUUCUGUUUUUAUAUCUUGUUUUGUUAUUAUUAACUUAUCAAGGCAUAACUUUUCCAUAACAUGUUUUCUUUGACAAUCUUAUUUUGUUAUGAUCAAGCUAUUGAUAUACACCCAUAAAAUAUAUUUUUUGUAAUUACGUGGUGAAAAGUGGAACAUUUCAGUUGGCUGAAGUAUGCCGAAAUGGCCUACUUUUCACCCCUAAUGCAAGUGUGCUGAAAAGUACUACUUUUCGGCACUCUUAAGAGUGCUGAAAAGUAGCACUUUUCGGCACUUUUGCUCGUACGCACUUUUUACUUACCACCAUGCCUUCCGUAGAUUCAGCCUCUGCCUCUACAUCUACUGAGCAGCUCGAAUCCAAAUCAGGACGAUUUCAAUUCGGAUUCAAACUACAAAUCAAGUGUAGAGGCAGCUGCUGAAUCUGCUCUUGCUUUCGUCUGCGAACAACUGUUUGACAACGGUAGCUCGUUUUGUUGUUUGUUAUGGAACAAAUUUAGUUAUUAUAAUAUUAUUGAGAGUGUACAUUUUUUAUUAACAGUAGCACGACAAUAACAAGUUUUAAAAUUGAUUUGAUUGAUUGUUAAAUUGAUUGAAAUAAAUUUUAUAUAAUAACUAGCAAGGAUUAUUGAUAUUUGUUUUAGUUACUCAUAUAGGGUCUCGUGCCAUUUGGGCAGAUGUACCUAAUUUGAGCACUUGAUGCUGUAACUAAGUACAUUUCAAACCAAUUGAUUUAAAUUUUUGUAUAGGGUUAGAUGGUGUACGUAACUCAUCGUGUGCCAAUUAGAUAUAAAAUUGAUUUAGUUAUAGCGGUAAGUGUCCAAAUUAGGUGCACCUGCCCAAAUGGUACAAGACCCUAGCAUUAUUAUUUACUUUGUUAUUAGUUUGAUAUCAUAACUAAUUUUGCUUUCAGAUUGUUAUCAAUAACUUUAAAAUAACAACAUUUGUUAUUAAAAUAUUUUCCAAAUUCAUUGUUAUUAUGGUGUUAUCGAAACUAACAAUACAUGUUAUCAGUGUGUGGAUUUUUAUCGCGAACCACUGAAUGGUCCAUGCUCAGCAAGUGAUACAUUCGCGAUUGUAACAUUUCAUGAACCAACAUGCUCGGGAACGCUCCCCGAAAUGCUGUUCAUUCUCUUGCCCGGUUCGAUACGAGAGCGCAAUCAAGAGAGAAGAUGCUCGAUGACGCUAAUGAAAGCGAUGCAUUCGGUAAGAAUAUGUUAUUGCUAUAAUUCUUUUUUUAUUGUGACUACACAACCUGCAACGUCAUGAAUACAGUUAAAUUAAAUAGUAUUUCACGUUUUUAAAGCGAAAACGCAUUAAAUACUGAUGUAAAUAACGAUUAUUCACAGUUGCCCCAAGCCAACGAUGAGCGAUCAUCGGUAAGUGUUACACUUAGCGAUGCCCGCUCAUCGCCGCAGCUUGUUUAUAUCGGAGUAUCUUCUUUGUGUUCCUUCGUGAACCAUGCGACUCGACGAGAGAACAUACACCGCUUGGUAAUUGAAACAGAACCAACAGAAGGGAAGAAAAACUGCCGAGUGGUUCACUGAUCACUUUUUCGUCCAAACACUGCAUGUUAUUAUAUUGAUCUUCCAGGAACAUGUUUUUGCUAUGAUUUUUGUUAUUUUGCCACUUAUGACAGUCAAGUUUAUAACAUAAUUUGUUAUGUUAAUCACAUGAAAAUAACUGAUUUUAUUACUCAGUUGUUGUUAUUCCCUUCUGCUCGGGAGAGGAGCUGUUUUAGAUUGUGUAUGGGAUACAGAUUGUUCAUUCAAAUUUUGUAUUAGAUAUAGAUUUUUGAAAAAAUCAUCUGGCAUCCCUGAUGUACCUGCUUUUGUUUUAAGACAUCAGAGACACAGAAUUGUGGCCAGUUUUGAGAAGUGGAGAAAUUGAUGAUGCAAUCACUCGCCUACGGAAGACUUUGAAAUUCAAGGCGGAGUCCGUGCGGAUGCGAAUCCCUAGUUCCAAAUUUUUUGAGGAAGUUGGUCACUUUUCACUUCUAGAAGUAGAUUUGCGCCAUAUGCGUACAGUCCGUUACAAAACUAGACAAAGCAAAUCACUCAUGUACGAGUAACAAUCCGACAAGACAGUUACAGUUGGAUGAAACAUAAGACCAAAAACUUGUCUUGCCAUUUAAUAUCUUUCAAUACCCAGAAUGCUUACCUGGAAACCAAUAUAAGUUUGCUGGGUUGCUUUGGCAUAACCUUCACAGUAAAAGCAUGUAUUCCCUCAUUGUUACAAUUCAACAAAUUUCCGGAGUUCUUCUUUCACUUGACUUCCACCAAUUAAUGCCUUCCCGUGUCAUUGCACUCAGCGAGCAUUGGCACAGUCUUGUGCCGCACACUAUUGACAAUUGCCUAAAAUCUCUGCAUAUCGUUCCCAUCCAUGCUUUAGUGUGCUUAAGCAAUCACACUAUCUUCGUUCAGCUGCUUCUUGCUGUGGUAGAUUCGUUUCUCUUCCACUCUUGCCACCCUGUAAACAUUCGCUACUCCAGACUGAAGGGUAACUCUAAGAGGUCACAGACAUCCUUGUUGAACUGGGUGACAGAGAUCGUAAAAAACUUUUUGCGGUGUAAUGUUACACUAUUUUUGGUACACCUAGGAAAAUUGAAAGAGGAAUUCUGUAGCCACAGCUGUAAAGGCAUGGGUACCCAGCAAGGAUUCGUUUCUCGGUCGUAAAGGAAAUUUCCUUGAAUUUCCUUCAUCUUCAACUUCAACUCACGCUUAGAUGAGAGGUUAAUGAAAAAGCAUCUUAUAUCGCUAGCGUGCGCAGUUUUUUUUCUUUUUCCUCACUCACUCUCGUAAACAAACACGAGAAAGAAAAAGAUUAAAGAGGGGGCACUUGCCCCCUCUUUUAUCUCACUCUUUCUUGUGUUUAUCAAACAGAAUGAGCGAGAAAAAAGAAAACUCUUCUAACACUAGUGCUUUAUAUCCAAAUUAUUGCCAAUAUUUUUUUGAAUCUUACAUUGGAGAUGUUUUCAUUUGUUUAUUUCGAUCAUUUUUAAGGCUUGAUAUAAAAUAAGGCACACAUUGCCGCUAAUCCGUGUAGGUUUGAAUCAGAGCACAAGAACUAAAAAAAUUGCCGAUUAUUAGCGAAUAUUAUCCAGUAAGUGUGUGUGUGUGUGUGUACUCCAUCUAACACCCACUGUCCGGCAGUGAUAUUAUGGAAGAAAGCAUUCUGCAACGCCAUUUUUAUGUCGUUUUGGUCCGGGAGUUAGACGGUGAUAGCUCUAUUGCAGAUCCAGUGACCCAUUUCAGAAUGGUUGGAGAGACACUCCAUUCAGAAGUCACUUUCACUUACAAUAAGCCCCUCAUGUGUGCAUUACCGUUAUCAAAUGGAUAAUGAUAAUACAAACACACUUCCUGUUCUAAAGAAAUUUCUUUAAAACUGGCACGUAUUUAGUGAAUCAUAGAACAAUCUCACCAAAAAUGAUCUGGGACGGCGAUGCUGUUAUCAUUGGGACGUCUAGUUCAGCUUCUUCCGGAUGUCCUCACUCCAUCUCUUCCAAGCGCAUAAUUGGUUAAUCAUUACACAACAUACCACGCUUUCAACAAUAAUUAAGAGCACCCAACAUCUAAAUGGCGCUAUUUGAAUUCAACGGCGGCUUCAAGAAUAACCAAACUCGCAGUACCUAUAUUUUUUAUUUCUUGCCAAAGCUUUUUCCCUGUGUGCAUUGAAAUCAUGCUACAUGCGUCACUUCACAUCUCGUUUGUCAUUGCCGAUGUAUUACACAACAUACGCGUUGCGUUGCGACAUCACAUGCGACAAAGAAUUGUCGCCCACCACCGACGGUCGCUGGACCGACACGCAUACUAUCGAAACAUCCACACAGCGACUAUCAACCGCGUUACGUUUCAUACGAAGAACGAUUCAAAACGUAUACACUCUUCUCUUUUCUUGAGGCGAGUCGUCGCGAUGCCAGAACGCAAGAGAUCACGCAUACACACAACCAUCACUGCAAACCACGCGAGAAGAAAAAAACACAACAUGCCGUCCCCCAUCGCAAGCCGAAAAUAUUACGGAGACACUGUUUUUGUUCACUUCAUUAGAGCCACAAGCACUUAAAAACACAAUAUUUGUAAUGACCAUGGUUCGGGCCAAUUGAAAAAACAAUAUUUAGAUACAAAAAUCUACGUUUUCACUAGAAAAUCGCGGUUCAUUUCACGAGCGCAUCACUAACGCGACCGACCGAACGUAUCAACAACCGUGUCUAGCGAAUAUUAUCCAGUAAGUCUUCCAAAAAAAAUCUAGCUGGACAUCCUCCAAGAAUUCCUGGAGGAUUCCUGGGAGCAAAUGUAUCUAUAUAAAUAAAAAUGGAAUGGUGUUUGUAUGUCACGAAUAGGCUCGGGAACGGGCUAACGGAUCUACACCAUUCUUUAGUGUUACUUUCGUACAGGGCUCUGACGUAUUCGUACGAAAAAAAAUAAUUGGGAAAAUCGACCGGUAACGCACCGACAACGAGAAAGUUUGUAAUUCCAUUUUGCGGGCCAUUUUUCCACAUAGCUGCAUGUCAAAAAACACAGUAGGCAGGCAGAACGACGUUUGCCGGGACAGCUAGUACUGGAUAAAGAUGGAAAUGCUUGAAAAAAAAAAACAGCAACAAUACCUGGAGAAAUCCCAGCAGAGAUCUGUUUUACCGCGCUGCCAUAGUGCCGCGUGAAAGUGAGAGUUAGAGUGCGCGUCCAAAGGAUUUUCGUGGAUUUGCUGUUGUUGAUAUUCUUCUUUACGGCUUCGCACACGCGCACUCCCACUCUCACGCGUAACUAUAACGGCACCCUUAGUAUCUGGAGAAAUGCGUGAAGAAACCUCAGAAGGACUCACCAGAGCAAUUCAUGUAGGAAUCAUAGGAAAGAUCCCAAUUUUGGAGAGUCCCAGCGGGCCAUGUAAUCCAUUGAGGAGUUAUGAGAAGAAUUUGCUAGAUAAAUUUCAGAAGACAUCCCUGAAGCUUAUGUCGAAAAACUCCCAGGAGGAAUCGCAGCAGGAAUUUUUGUAAGAGUUCUGAAGAAAUUUAUGAAGAAAUCAAUGAAAAACCCCUGACGAUUGAUAGGAGAGAUUUUUGUCGGAAUCCAAACAGGCCUGGAGGAACUUCAAAAUGACUUAUUGUAAGAAUCCCAGGACGGAAUCCUAGAGGGAUCCAAAGAUCUGAAGUAAUCACGGCAAAGCAAUUCAAGAAAUUCUUGUAAAGAUUUUCAAGCGCUUCCAACUAAUAUUGUUCCAGUAUUUUCUCUUGGGCGUCCUACAGGAGUUAUUGAAAGAUUCUCAAUGGGAACGGCUUGAGGAUUCUUAGCAAAAAUUCCUGGGGGUUCCCGCCAGAAGUUUUUAGCAGAAUUCCAGCAACGAUUCCAGAGGGAUUAUAGGAGAAAUACCUGGAAGAAUUUUAAGAAGAAUCCUUGAAGAAAUCCCUGAAGGAAUGGACUAGCUGGAGGAAUUCUAGCAAAUAUUCCUGGAGGAAUCCAUGAAGAUUUUCCCUGAGGAGUACCAAGAAGAAUUUCCGAAAGAAUUCCAGCGGGCAUUGUUAGAAAAAUUAAGAGAGGAAUUCCUGAAGGAACAAUUGGAAAAAUCGCUGAAGGAACUGAAGCGAGAAUUUUCGAAGGAAUUCCUGGAGGAAACAGCUCUGAAGGAAUCAUAGGAGGACUAGCUAGAGGAAUCCUAGCAAGUAUUCCUGGAGGAAUCCAUGAAGAUUUUCCCUGAGGAGUCCUAAGAAGAAUUUCCGAAAGAAUUCCAGCGGGCAUUUUAGGAAAAAAAAAAAUAGAGAGGAAUUCCUGAAGGAACAAUUGGAAAAACCCCUGAAGGAACUACAGCAAGAAUUUUCGAAGGAAUUCCUGGAGGAAACAGCUCUGAAGGCAUUUGUGAAGGAUAUCAUUCUCCAUGGAUUUAUCUUGGAAUUUUAGUAAUCGCAGAAAAAACUCUAGAGCUAUUUUUGAUAAAAUCCCUGGAGAAAUCAUAGUUUCAAUUUCUGGAGGAAUCCUCGGAGAUAUUACUGGAGGCCAACUAACAGGAUUUUUUGGAGGAAUUCCUAGAAAAAAGGUUAAGAAAAUCUCUGUAGGAACCACAGGAGCAAUGAUAAAGUUAUCCAAAAUACCACUGGGUGAGGCUAAAUAGUACCUAAAUAGCUUCCAGUGUCCUUCUUUUGCAAAAUCAUGUAGUUUGAUGUAUCGGCAAAGGUAGGCUCCUGAAACAACAGGUAAUUUUCGUGUUUUCCGGAGGAAUCAGGUUUCCAAAACAUCCCUGGAAUUGACCGUUUUUUGAGGUUUCGUGUAAAACUAAAGAAGUUGAGUCGCAUCACUGUCGGCCGUUGUCAAUAGUGAAGGUCAUCUUUCCCGUCUUGCGCGUUGACUUCACCGAUGACAAUCUUAACGUUGUGUAUUGGGAAUUUUCCAUUGGUAUUGUCAAGUCAUUCGUAAACACAUCCUUCACGUCAUCGGUUUUGUCGUUCAUCAAAACUAGAAGCUCUUAGUUGUAGGGAACUUUAGUAAUCCUGAAAUAUCUCAAAGGCAUUUCGGAAGGGCUUCAGGUUUCACAAAAGUUCGCGGAUGUGGGUGGGUUAGGCUAGGUAACGUAACUUUUCAUAGCACAGACAAUGACUACAACGAAUACAAAUUUAAAAAAAAAUGAGUUUCGUACAAUCUUGAAUAUUUCGAAGAAACAGAACCAUGUCUAUUAGUCUUUGAAGAAUAAUAGUAAAUAUAAUUCAUUAUGGGCUAGCAUUGCAAGUGUAGAUAUAAAGUUUUGUUCACCAUAAAAGAUUGAAUGACUAAAAUUAUCACAUAACUAUCAUAAAGUUACCCUUGAGAGUAAAGAGGUUAAUGGAUCCUAUUUAGUUGUAUAACGUUAAUCUCUAAAAUAAAAUCACCAGUGGUUGUUUUUAUCAAUUAAGCUCCAUAAUAUCUCGAAAAUAUGUAACGACGCUUUUUGUUCCUCGAACUAUUUUGGAAAAUACCUUCGAUUAUGUAACACUACUUAACUUAGGGACAAAAGCUAUUAUCAUAAGUGUAGACCUGAUGCUAUGGUCUCCAGAGUAGUUUGGUUGAUCUGGAAUAUCUUGAAAGAAUCUUGGAAUGUCUCAUGGAAUUCCAGGGGGAUUACAGAUUACAGUUGUUGUUGUAAUGUUACAGUUCAUUGUGAAAUUGACUACCUUUUGUGUCAAGAGAUAAACUUCAGGGCAGUUUGGAUGAUCCUGAAUGUCCCAAAGGUUUGUAAUAAAAUGUAGUAGACUUCAGGUUGGUCGCGAUUGAUUAUGCAACGUUACUCAGUAUAUCUGAUAUGGCUGCUGUUACGAGUGUAGACCUGAAGUUCUGAACUCAAAGGUAGUUUGGCUAAUCUAGAGUAUCCAUCCCUAUAGCAAAGAAUAAGAAUGCCCACUCCGCUGAUGCUCGGGGGGACACUACCGCAGCGCUACCUGCGGAUGAAAGUUCAACCUUCAUGCGGUAGUGUGCGUUACUGAUUGUAUGCGGAUACCAAAACAUUCGCACACCAUCUUCUCUUAUGACAAAUCACGAAAACUGUUACAGAUAGAUUCCACCUUGAUACGCUUAAAGAGCGCUACUUGUCUUGUCGCCUGACGUUUACAUAGAAAAGGGCUAAAGAGGGCAUUCUUUCUAUUUUUAUUCUUUGCCUAUAGUGUCACUAAAUUACAUUUUAGAUAUCAAGAGCAGCAUAGAUAUGGCUACUAUGGAGGUUCAAAAAAUUGUUUAUGAUCCACUCCGCUUAUUCAAUUCGUAUCCAGAUUUUAUGCCUUCUCCCAAAACUUGAGUUCAUUUGGUUGAAAAUUUAUAGUGCACAUGCCCUUCAAAGGUUGUUCGGGAACUACUUUGUGAUUACGAUUACGAGUGUAGACCUGAAGUUUUAAACUACAAAGUAGAUUGGCUGACCUAAAAUAUCCGAAUGACCCAAAUGUCAUUUGUAAUUUCAAGAGCUUCACAGAUCCCAGCAGAUUAUGCAAUGCUAUUGUCAAUGGCGAAAACACAUAAAGUUAUUCUCGUAGAUUUGAAGGAUUUCAUUAUACGACAAUUUGAACGACCCUGAAUACCCCAAAGGUUUAUAAUACCUAAUAGCCAGACACAUCAGGUUGGUCCAGCAACUGCGGUUGAUUAUGUAACGUUACUCAGUACAACAGAUAUGGCUACGGUUCUGAGUGUAGACCUGAAGUUCUAAACUCCAAAGUAGUUUGGAUGACCUGAAAUAUCCCUGUAGUGUCUAUGAAUCACAUUGAAGAUUUCAAGAGCUUCACGAAUCUCAGUAGAUUUUUUUAUUCUUUGUUGAGUACAUGAGUCACUGCGACCAGUUUUUAGAUCGUUCCCAGUAGAUUAUGUAAUGCUAAUAUUAAUGGUGAAAACACAUAAAAUUAUUCUUGUAGAUUUGAGGGAUUUUACUACAGGACAGUUUGGAACACCUAGAACAUCCCAGAAUAUAAAACACCUUUUGAUAUUCUUGACGAAGGUUAAAUGAAUACAUAUGAACGUAACCCAUACCCAUAUUUAGUUUUUAGAACAACUGGUAGGUCAUUUUCUCCAUACUUCCUGGUGUUCAUGAUGUUCCAGAUUCACAUUUGAAGCCACGGAGCUAUUUAGGCCCACCCUAGAAAUAUUAUCUCGCUACGCCAAUGUCAGCCUCCCAAACUAAACAUGAACCACACCAACGAACGCCUGUUUCGCCACUCGACUAAAUAUAAUGUAUGACACGAAAAUGCAUAGUAGGUAGGUUGGUAAUACGGCACAGCACUCUCACUUUCGGUUUAGUAGUGGAUCGUUGCUGCGCCUAUAUCCGAGGCCGGUCACUUGAGAGGAAAUAUUUAGAUAACGUAAUGACAUGUGAGAGUGUUUCCCUUAGGAGCGGAUUAUGCAUGCUCAAACGCUUUUGUUUUAAAAACAGCAGAAGUGGAAUUUGUGCCACGAUGGGAGAGCCGAGAUGUAAACAAAGUGUUCGAGCUAUAAUAAGGUGCUUUAUGCUUCAGUUGGAAGGUGUGUCUCUUCCCAACCACGGCACGACCUUACCAAUUUGGGUGCACAGAUAAGUGCCUUCGGUUGUUGCCACAUCGAAGCAGUGAACAAAUAGAAGUUCACACAUACUUUUUGCAUUAGUGACAGAAGAUCAUAAACCAUUUCACCCACUGUAAAUUGCUCAUAAAACGAUCUUAUUCUAAUAAUAAAAUCCCAUGCAAUGAACCAUGUGGAAUCAUUAUAAAAUGCACUUCAAAUUAUUUUCUAUUACGCCAUAAAGACCCGAGAUGGCUACCAUCCAGAACUGAGAUCAAUAAAAUUAAGAGAAUCAACCCACGCCAGACGCAUCGAGUCGUAAUCAAAUCCAUUAAAACCAGCACUUCUAGAGAGCUGCACAGUGCUCGACCCGAAGAAACGCAUUCUGCUUUUUACUUUCGUUCCCAGCCAGCUCCCAUCAACGCAACCGGGGGCUCGAGGCGUUAGAUUUCUUCGAAUAAUGAUGAAAGAUCAUCAAUGCCAGUCACUUGAAAGAUGAAUCGCGAGUUUGCCCUCCAAACGGCGACGAUGCCAACGACGACACUCUUCAUAUUUUUUUUUGCCGCCCGCCUGCAAUCCAGGAUGCAAUGGUGGCGAUUGAUUGAUGAACAAACACGUCUGCCACUUCCCGGACUAUAUUUAAUACGUGCACUAAGCCAGCCAUCAGCGCCAGUGGCGACACUACUAAACAGCAGCAAUAACAACAACAACAGCAAGUCUUGGUAGAUAUGACAGUUUUCCAGGAUCCGGGGAGAGAUCAUUAAAAGCGAUGACAGAGUUGCGUGCACCGGCGAGAUAUACGAUGGGGCCGAGACUAGCCUGCCAGGCUGCCAACCAUCCAGAGUUGAUCGUCUGGCUGGCUGGUAUGAUGGUGUGGCAUUCAGUAUCUAAUCGAAUGUGUUAAAAAUUUAAUUGAAUCAAACGACGACAUUGUGUGGCAGCGAGGGCCAGUGUUGUCUUAAGUGGUGACAAAUGGUUUUGAGUUGUUCGUAGAACUUUGUGACCGUUUUUAUUGUAACGCAUUCUUAAUCUGCAAAUAUUGUAUAUAUCGUAUAUCGUAUCGUAUAUAAAGCAGGCGAAAGAAAUCGAAUCAAAUUAUUUGAAUGAGCAAAAACCGUAUGAUAUUUAAUUGCUCAGCUCUACAAAUACAGAGGUUCUGAUAAGAAUAGAAAAAUAGUCGCUACAAUGAAAACCUUUUCAAUGUGAAUUAAAAAAAAAACAUAUCCAUAGAAUGAUUUAGCUGGACAAAUUGUUUGGUGUUAUGCGUCUGCUGGAUAUCCCUCAAAUCUGGACAGAUUGUGAGGAGAAAUGCGUUAUUUGGAAAUAAAUGUCCACAUGUUCAACUCCUUUAACGUAUUCCGCAAAAAUCCAAGAGGAAAUCCUAGCAAAAUUCUGGAAAGAAUCCUUUUGAGGAUUCCGAGAGAAAACCUUGGAAGAAUUCGAAGAGAAAUCUUUGAAAGAAUUAUGAGAGGAAUUUCUAAAAGAAAUCCGAAAAGUAUCUAGGGUGACAAAGGGUAUUAUCGGCAGGUUUGUUCUCUUCGUCAUGGGGUUUUUUUGUGGGCCGAAUUGCCUGAAAUUUGGGCAUAUAACUCAGCUUGGUUGGGAAGGAUUUGAGGCCAACUUUCAGAUCGACAGGUUUCAAAAAACCCCCCAUGACGAAGAGAACAAAACUGCCGAAAAUACGUAAGUUCCCCUAAUUAGAAUUUUUGGGAGAAAGACCUGAAAUACUCUAAAGAAUAAUUUGUGUAAGAAAUCCGGAAUGAGUCCCUUGAACAAUUUGUGGUUGAAUUCAGGGCGGAAUCUCUGAGGAAUUCUGGGAGAAAUUCCGGAAAUUCCAUGUAAAGACCCGUGAGGAAUUGCCUGUUGAAUCCAGGGAGUAACAUCUGAAAUAAUUCUAGGAAGAAACUGUGCAAGAAAGUAGGAAAUCGUUGACUAAAUACCACGAGGAAUGCUUGGAAAAAAUCGUGGGGAAAUUCAUAGAAGAGCCCCUUGAGAACACCCUAGAAUAAUUCCGAGACGAAUCAAUGAGAAAUUUUAAAGUGGAACCCUUGGAAAAAUUUCAUUAGAAGAGUUUUUAAAGAAAUCUUUGGAAGAAUUCCAAAAGGAACUUCUACAUUCCUAGGACAAUUUCGGGGGGAGUUCUGGGAGUAAUAACUAAAGUUAUUCUGGAAGAUGUUCCUGGAAUAAUUCCGGAAAGAAUCCCAGAAAGAUUUUUUUGGUUUGAAUACCUGUAAUCUAAUACCUUUUAUUUCAGUUUUAUCAUGGUUUUAUAUCUAGUUCUUCUAGUCUAUCUGUUUUAAAAUAUGUUACUUGGGAUGUAUAUGAUAAUCAUGUGUGCAGAUACACGCAGAACGCUUUGUGUGAAACGAUGCAAAAACGGCACGACGUCACAAAUCCCAUUCGUUCCGUAUUGCUCAACCUUUCUAAAGUAUCACUUUGUAAACAGAUCGCUGAAGUAAUGUAUGGUUUGGGUCAAAUAAUUAUUGAUAUGCGAGUACCCAUGGUCAAAUAUUCGACCAAGCACAGAUCAAAGCUCAAACAUCCGGUUUUUAUUAGUCAAAUUUUCAUUAAUUUCAAACAGACAUGGACCCAUCAGUUCAUUCCUUGUCGAAUAGUUGACCCUGUGUGCUUGUAACCUUGGUUAGAACGCCCGCGAAAAGCACACGACAAGUAAACUUUGCCCGUUCUGCAUUAUUGCUUACUUACCUUACCAAUCAGGCUAAGGCCGAGGUGGCCUCUGCUGUACAUAGUAGCCUCCUCCAUUCCACUCGGCCCAUGGCAGUUUGUCUCCAGUUCCGCACUCUGCGUAGGGUCCGCAGAUCGUCCUCCACUCAUUAUUGCUUAGAGAGAUUGAUUCUCUUGGAUUGCAUUUGAAGCUCUUUCAGCACUACAAGCACUCUUCCAAAAAGUGUAUGAAUUUCCCAAAUGGAAGAGAAUGUGCCUCUGGAGCCGACUUACUGAUACCUGAAGAGGCGAAGGUUGAAAUCAACAAAAUCCAUGUUAUAUCGUGCAUACGAUAUACUAGCAGGUUCGUACCACUGGGAAUAGAUGAUAAGCAAACACCAAAUCUAAUGUUUCUCUCGUGAUGGUCACGAUAAUUUGGAGCACUUGUAAUACAUAGAAUUACAUCAGUACAGCUUAAGAUGGCCGAUUUUAAAGCUUUGAGACUUAUGAGCUUAUCGGGGUGGAAACAAAGCUGAAUAAAUAUUUGGAGGUUAUGGCUUUCAGUCUUGGGAGAAAUAAAACGAUCGAUCAAUUCUGACUAUACAUGUCAAUGGUUGCUCCUCCGUGAUUGAUCUGAACUGGUACCAGUUGCACUGUGAUCCAACUGAAUAAGGGGCUGGGACAUUCCACUUAUUCUCAAAGUGCAAUUUUAGCAGCUCAUGCAUAUUUGAUCAAUAACGGCGCCGGCCAAGUCCUUAUAGUCAGCUGGGAAGGGAAAGGAAUGUUAGAGUGUACUGGUUGUUGCUACUAGAGACCGAGAGCACUCUGCGUCCCACAACCCGCACGGACUAGGGUAUUUGUUAGACGGAAAGGAUGGGAGAUCUGGGAGUCACCGUUGGGUCGGUGAUGCGAUCCAUGGAUAGGGUUAUUUAUAGUGUUCGUGAUAGAUUGUGUGGUGAAUAAGGUGAAUAAGGUCAAGCGGCACAGCACGCUUUGGUUGCAUAACUUAUAGGCGUUAUACAGGGUGUUCCCUUCCUUAAUGCUAAUCCUUCGGGGGCUGAUAGAGGACCAUAAUAGGUGAAAAAAAUUGUUCUACGCAUAUGGUCAAAUCUCAACCGUUUCGGAGUUAUUGAACUUUUAAUGUUUUUGACUAUGCUUGCCUUAAACUGGCUGUAACUUCAAAAUGGUUCAACUUAUCAAAGUUCUUUUGAUUGCAUUGGAAAGAUAAUUAAAUUUUCUAUCUAAUAACGUCUUUGAACCUGUUGGUUUUUGUAAUUUAGUAAGUUUUGUAGGGCAAAAAAGUUAAAAGUUAGCUAUUUUUGACAAGUUUUUGCUUAUUAACUUUGAAAAAUGCGUGGUAAAUUAAAUUUUUCUCUUAGAGAAACUUGUGCGCCUUGACUUGCUUAACAAUUCGUUCUUUAACGUCAAACUCCUAACUCUUAUCGUUUUCUUACAAUUUCGAUUUGAACACCCUAUUUCGUAUCAAUAAUUUGCCUCAGUAUCUGCCACAGAUGAAAGCUCAUUUAACCCCACUGUGUCAUUGGAGCUGGCGUCUUGUUUUGCAUCGUGCAACCGCGCGCACAGCACACUUUGUCCGUCGUCCAAUAGCAACAGCGUGGCGCGUAUGAAUGACAAGAACGACGCUGCUGUAGGUUCAUGUUGAAUGAUUUGGUGUGAUUACCGUGAUCCUGAGAGGCUCUUCAUGAUGAUUAGGGAAGUGGACUAGUGAUUCUAGGUGCAGGUUGAUUAUUAUCAACGAAAAAUAGAGGUUUUGAUGGGACGGGAAGCGGCAUAAACUGAUGAUUCCGAGAAAAUAGAGUGGGAGGGGUAAAAUUACAGAAGGAAUCUUGAAGUCACCGAAGGGAGUCACGUAGUUUCGGGGGAAAUUAAAUAAUUGUGGUAGAGAAUGAGGGUUCAAGUGAUAGAGUUUCGGUAAAAAAAAAAAAUAAUUCCGGAACACACGCUAUUCUUAAAAGUGCAAAGUUGGAGCUUAGAACUAAUGAUUUGAGAAAGAAUCUGAUUUUAGAAACUUUUGCUCUGCAGAAUGAUAACAGUUUUUCAAAUUCAUCAAGAAAUUUCCUCAACGAUUCAUCAAAAUUCCUACAGAAAAACUAUCAAGCAUUCUAGCCACGAUUCUUCCGGGAAUUUCUCCAUAGAUUCCUCCAAGUGCUCCUCCACGAAUUCGCCCAAGAAUUCUCCAGAAACCUAUCCGAAACAUUUUUUAGGCGUUCCUCAAGAAAACAUUCCAGAGGUUCCUCAAAGAAUUUCUCCAGAAAUUUUACCAUGAAUUCCUCUCAAAAGAUUUUCCCGGAGAUUUAAUCAGAUUUUUUUUUCCAAUAAGUCUUCCCGGCAUCUCUCUAAGGAAUUUGUUUCAAUGAUUCCUCUAGCAAUUCCCCCAAGUGUUGGUAUAGGAAUUCCUCUAAGGAAUCUUUCAGUAAUUUAUGAAAGGAUUCUUGUAUUAAUUUCUCCAAGGAUUACUCCACGAAUUCCUGAGAGGGUCCCUACAAACCAUCUAAAGCUUUCUAUCAGAAAUUCUCCAAUGACUCCUCCAAACAUUCUUCCUAGAAUUCCUGCAACGAUUCUUUCAUGGAUUCUUACAGUAAUUUCUCCAAACAUUUCUUUAUGAAAUUCUUCAACGAUUCUCCAUGGAUUCCUCCAAAAAAAUUUCCAGCAGAAGUUCCCCGGACAAUUUAUCCUACAAUUUCUCCAAAGAUUCUUUGAUAAUUUCUUCUAAGAAUUUCUUAAGGGAAUUAAAACUGCAGGAAUUCCUACCACCAGGGGUUUCACCAGGAAUUCUUCUAGAAAUUCCUCCAGGAAUUCCACAACGAAUUCCACCAGGAACUGCAUAAGAAACUUCUACAAUAACUGUACCAGAAAAUCCACUAGUUUCUCUUGGUGAAGUUUCUCUGGGAAUGCCUCUAGGAAUUCCUCCAAGUACUCCAUCAGGAAUUUUCAAAAUUGUCAGUCAGUAGUGUCUUCAGGUAUGCCACCUGGAGUUUCUCGAGAAAUUUCAUCUGGAAGUCAUCCGCGAUAUCCACUAGAAAUUCUUUAAGGGGAUCUACUAGGAAUUUCACUAAGAAUUCCUCCAGAAAUUCCACAGGAAUUUCCUCCAUGAAUUUCACCUGGGAUUUGACCUAAAAUUCCACUAAGAAUUCCACCAUGAAUUCUUCCGAUAAUUCUAGAAAAAGCUACUCUAAGAAUUGUCUCAGGAGAAUUCUCUAUGAAAUUCUACCAGGAUUUUCAAUAGAAAUUCCUCUAGAAAUUUCACUAGGUAUUCGUUAAGAAUUACAACCACCAAGAAUUCUUCCAGAAAUUCCUCUGGGAAUUCCAGCAGGAAUUGCAUGAGAAAUUUUCUUCAAUAAUGAUACCAAAAGUUCCGCCAGGAAAUCCACCUGUUUCUUUUGGUGAAAUUUCUAUGAGAAUACCUCUAGGAAUGCUCCUAAUAAUUGCACCCCAAAUUCUUCCAGGAUUUCAUCAGGAGGUUUUUUCCAUGAAUUCAAUCAGGAGUUUCCCCACGAUUCAUUAAGGAAUUCUACUAGAAAUUCCAUCAGGGGUUUCUCCAGGAGAAGAUCCUCUUCAAAUUCUUUCAGAAAUCACUCUAUUAAUAUCUCCAGGAAUUCAAUUAGAAUUCCUCCGAGAAUUUCACCAGAAAUUCUACUCGGCAUUCCUCCGAAAAUUUCAUCUGGAAUUCCUCCGAGAAUUUCACCAGGAAUUCCUCCGAGAGUUUCACCAGCAAUUCCUCCAAAAAUUCCACCAGGUAUUCCACAUGGGAUUCCUCAAGAAAUUUUACCAAUAUUUCCACCUGGAAUUUCACCCGGAAUUCCUUCAGGAAUUUCAGCAGGAUUUCCACCAGGAAGUUUCUCCAUGAAUUCCACCAGAAAUUCUUUCCGAAUUUUCCCAUUGAGUUCCUCCUGGAAUUCCGCCAAGAAAUUCUCUAGGAAUUCCACCAGACGUCUAUCUCAAUUCCAUCAAGAAUCCUUCUAGGAAUUCCACCAGCAAUUCCUCCAUUCAUUUUGCCAGAUCUCCCAGGAAUUCUCUCAAGUUUUUCACCAGGAAUUCCUCCAGAAAUUUCAGCAGGAUUUCCACGAUGAAUUCCAGCCAAAAUUACACCAUGAAUUCCACCAGGAAUUCCGCCAGAAGUUCCUUAAGGAAUUUUACCAGAAAUGUUUCUUUACCUCCAUUUAUUCUACCAAAGAUUCUUUGAUAAUUCUUCCAAGGAUUUCUGGGGGGAAUGAAAACUGCAGGAAUUCCACAACGAUUUCCACCAGGAACUGCAUAAGAAAUUUUUAACAGUAACUAUACCAGUAGGUCGACCAGGAAAUCCACUAGUUUCUCUAGGUGAAAAUUCUCUGGGAAUGCCUCUAGAAAUUUCUCCUAUAACUCCAUCAGGAAUUCCUUCAAAAUUUUCAAUUAGUAGUGUCUUUAGGAGUUUCUCGAGGAGUGCCAUCAGGAAGUCCUCCGUGAUAUCAACUAGAAAUUCUUUAAGGAGAUCUACUAGGAAUUUCACCAGGAUUUGCUUCAGGAACUCCACCAGGAAUUCCUCCAGGAAUUCCACCAGAAUUACUUCCAGGAGCUCCACCUGAGAUUUUACCUAAAACUCUUCUUAGAAUUCCACCAUGAAUUCUUCCGAUAAUUCUAGAAAAAGCUUCUCUAAGAAUUCUUUCAAGAGUAACUCUAUGAAUUCCUCCAGAAUUUCCCAUAAAAAAUUCCUCUAGAAAUUUUACCGCGUAUUCGUUAAGAAUUACAACCACCAGGUAUUCACCAGGUAUUCUUUCAGAAAUUCCUCUGGGAAUUCCAGCAGGAAUUGCAUAAGAAAUAUCGUGGAUGCCUUCGACUAUGAUUGCUGAUUUUUGGAAAGUUUUCGACUCUUUCAGUCUUCUUAGCAACUAAAACGAUUAUUGCAUCGACAUUCCGACGUUUCGUCGAUGCAAAAGCCGAAAACUUUCCAAAAAUAAGAAAUUUCUCCAAUAAUGAUACCAAAAGUUCCCCCAGGAAAUCCACCAGUUUUUCUGGGUGAAAUUUCUAUGGGAAUACCUCCAGAAACGCCUCUAAGAAUUCCACCAGAAAUUCCUCCAGGAUUUUCAUCUGGAGGUUUUUUCCAGGAAUUCAAUCAGGAGUUCCUCCACGAUUCAUUAAGGAAUUCUACUAGAUAUUCCGCCAAGAGUUCUUCCAGCAGAAGUUCCUUUUGUAAUUCCUUCGGAAAUCCUUUGGGAAUCCCACUAGGAAUUUUUUCAGGCAUUCUACUACGAAUUUCUUCAGGAAUUCUACCAGUAAUUCCUCCGAGAAUUUCACCAGGACUUGUACACGGCAUUCCUCCGAGAAUGUUUAUCAGGAAUUCCUUCGAGAAUUUCACCAGGUAUUCCACAUGGGAUUCCUCAAGAAAUUCUACCAGGAUUUCCACCUGCAAUUGCACCCAGAAUUCCUUUAGGAAUUUUACAAGGAUUUCCUCCAGGAAUUAUACCCGGAAUUUCUCCAGGAAUUUCAUCAGGAUUUUCACCAGGAACUCCCUUAGGAAUUCCUCCAGGUAUUCUACUACGAAUUCUUCCAGGAUUUCUACCGAUAAUUCCUUUAGAAAUUCUACGAGACAUUCUUUGAGGAAUUCCUCCACAGAUUUCACCGGGAUUUCCUUCAUUAUUUUUCCAGGAAUUCCACCAGGUAUUCCACUCGAAAUUCCUCCAGAUAUUUUACCAGGAUUUGCAUCUGAAAUAACACCCAGAAUUCCUCCAGUAUUUUCACCAGGAAUUCAAGCCUGAAUUUCUUCAGAAAUUUCACCAGGAUUUCCACCGGAAUCCCUCCAGAAAUUUCACCAGGAUUCCACCUGGCAUCUCUCUAGUUAUUCUACCAGGAAUCCUUCUAGUUAUCUCCAAGAAAAUCUCCACGAUAUCUGCUAGAAGUUGAUUAACGACCUCUCCAAGGAAAUCCAAAAGUAUUUCCUUUAGUAAUUCCACCAGGUUUUUUUUCUCCAGCAGUGCCAGCCAGAAUUCCUCUAAAAAUUUCACCAUGAAUUCCACAAGGAACUCAGCUAGGAAUUCUGUCAGGAAUUCCUCCAGGAAUUGUUCCAGAAGUUCUGCCAGGAUUUCUACCUGGAUUUCCACCUAGAACUUCACCUGGAAUUCCACCAGGAAUUACACUAGGCAUUCCACCAGGAUUCGACCGGAAUUGCUCCCAGGAAUUCUUUCAGGAUUGCCUCCAGGAAUUUCAGCAAGAAUUCAUUCAGGAGUUCCACAAGGAAUCCUCCUAAAAAUUCCUAAAAAAAAUUCCAUCAGGAUUUCAUCCAGGAAUUCCACCAGGAUGUCUACCUGAAAUUCUACCGGAAAAUCCAGCAGGGAUUUCACUUGAAGCUUUUUCCAAUAAUUGCACCAGAAAUUCUUCCACGAAAUUCUCCAGGAAUUCCACCAGGAGUCCCUCUAUGAAUUCCACCUGGAAUCCUUCUUGGAAUUCCACCAGCAAUUCCUCCAUGCAUUUUGCUAGAAAUUUUGCCAGGAACUCUCUCAAGUUUUUCGCCAGAAAUUCCUACAUAAAUUCAACCAGCAGUUCUUCCAGGAAUUUCUCUUGGAAUUCUUACUGGAAUACUACCAGAAGUUUCUCCGAGGACUUCACAAGGAAUUCCUCCAGAAAUGUCAGCAGGAUUUCCACGAUUAAUUCCAGCCGAAAUUGCAUCAUCAAUUCCACCAGAAGUUCCUUCAGGCAUUCCACCAGAAAUGUUUCUAAAUAAGAAUUCCACCAGAAAUGUUUCUAAAUAAGAAUUCCACCAGGGUUUCCUUUGAGAAUACUACCGAAUUGCUCCAGGUAUUUCACUACGAAUUCUUUAAGGAAUUCAUCAAGGAAAUCCUACAGGUGUUAUAAUAGGAAUUUCACCAGGAUUUCCACCAGGUUUCCUCUAGCAACUCUAUCAUGAAUCCCUCUAUGAAUUCCAGUAGGUAUUCUACUACUAAUUUUUCCAGAAAUUCUACCAGGUAUUCCACUCGGAAAUCCUCUGGAUAUUUUAUCAGCAUUUCCAUCAAAUCUCACCAGAGAUAUCACCAGGAAUUCCGCCAGAAGUUCCUCCAGAUAUUCCACCUAAAGUUACUCCACGCGCUCCACUAGGAAUUUUUCAAGGAAUUCCUCUUUGGAAUCCACCUGGAUAUCCACCAGGAGUUCAUCUGGGAAUUCUACCAGGCGUUCCUCAAUGAAUUCCAUCAGAAAGUCCUUUAUGAAUUUAACCAAAAAGUUCUUCAGUAUUUCCUCCAGGAAUUUCUCCAAGAAUUCCUUCAAGAAUUCCUUCAAGAAUUUCACAAGUAAUCUCUCUAGGAAUUUCAUCAGGAGUUCCGCCAGGAAUUCUUUGGAGAAUUGUUACACGAAUUGCACCAGGAGCUCUUCCAUGACUUCCCCUAGAAAUUCCUGAAUGAAAUCCUCUAGAAAUUCAUUCACGACUUCCUCCGGGAAUUUUACCAAGAAUUUCUCCAGUAAUUCCACCAGGAAUUUCUUCAGGUAUUCUACUACGAAUUUCUCCUGGAAUUCUACCAGGAACUCCUGCGAGAACUUCGCCACUAGGAAUUUCUCCAGGUAUUAUACUACGAAUUCUUCCAGAAAUUCCACCAAGAAUACACCGAAGUAUUCUACUAGGAAUUCUUCCAGGAAUUUUAUAAGGAGUUCGUAUAAGUAUUUCACCAGGGCCGAAGAGGCGAAUGAAUUUUUAUUUAAAGCCUCUAUAAUAAAAAAAAAAAAAAAAAAUUCACCAGGGAUUCCACCUGGAAUUCCUACCGGAAUUUCACUAGGGAUUCCCCCAAAACUAUUACCAGUUCCAUAAGUUCUGUAGAAAUUUCUCAAGAUUUUUUUUUGAAGAUUGUUUUUCCUAUAACUGAAUGAAGAAAAUUCUGGUUGAUUUCCUGAAGGAGUUCUAGGUGGAAUUCUUGGAAGAAUUUCUAAAGAAAUUUCUGCUGAAAUUUCUGGAGAAAAUUCUGCUGGAAUUUCGGAAGGCAUUUCUAGGUGAAUUCCUAUUGGAAUUCCAGGUGAAAUUCCAAGUGGAAUUUCUGGUGAAAUUCCUAGAGGAUUUCCUUGUAGAUGUUCUGGAAUUUCGUGGAGGACUUCCUAAUGAAAUUCCUGAAGAAACUCCGGUUGGAAUUCCUGGAGGAGCUCCUUGUGGAAAAUCCUGGAGGAAAUCAUGGAACCAUUCCUAGAGAAGCUUCUCCUAGAGAAACGGGUGAAUUUCCUGGAGGAUCUCCUAGUGGAAUUUUUGGAGGAACUCCUGGUAUAAUUAUUGGCGGAUUUUUUGGUAAAAUUCUUGGAGGGAUUCCUUGUGGAAUUCCAUGUGGAAUUCCUAAUGGAUUUUCUGGUGAAAUUCUGAAAAUAUGAAUGGUAAAAUUCCCUGGAGGAAUUCCUAUAGGGAAUCCUGGAGGAAAUUCUGGAGGAAUUACUGAGAAACUUUGGUUGGUUUCAUGGACAAAAUCUUGAAGAAAUGUAUGGAGGUAUUUCUAGUGCAUUCAAGAAAAACUCCUGAAGAAAUUUCUAAGGUAUUUCUGGUAGAAAUCCUAGAGGAAAUUCAGGUGGACAUCCUGGUGCAAUUAAAAAUGGAAAUCCUUGGAAAAAAAAAUAGUGGAGCUCGUUGAGGAACUCUUGGUAGAAGUUCUGGAAAAUCUCCUAGCGGAAUUACUGAUGGAAUUAAUGAUGGAAUUUAUGGUGUAAUUCCUGGUGAAAAUCUGAGUGAAAUUCGUGGAGGAAUUCCAGGUUAAAUACCAAGUGAAAAUCCUGGUAAAAUUCAUGGUGAAAUUCUGGUGGUAUUCCUAGAGGGAUUCCUGAUGGAAUUUCUAGAGCAUUCCUUGGUGGAGUUCCCGGAGGAGUUCCUUGUGGAAUUCUUCGAGGAUAUCCUGAAUAAAUUUCCGGUGAAAUUCAUGGAGAAUCUUCUGCUGGUGCAAUUCUAAAACAAAAUUUCAGGUGGAGUUCCUGGAAGAGUUUUAGGUGGAUAUACUGGUGGAAUCCAUGAGGCAACUCCUGGUAGAAUUCCUGGUAUAACUUCACAUGGAUUUACUGAGGGAGAUGCUGGUUUAAUUAUUCGAGAAAUUGGUUAUUUAAGUCCUGGUGGAACACGUUGUUGAAUUACUUGUGAAAUUCGUGACGGAAUUUCUGGAAGAGUUCAUGGUGAAAGUCCUGGAGGAAUUUUUGGAUAAAUUAAUGAAGGAAAUCCCGGUGAAAUCUGUGGAGGAAUUCCUCAAGGAAUUUCUCGUAGAAUUUCUAAAGGAAUUAUCGGUAGAAAUCCUGGAAGAAUUCGUAGUAGAAUACCUGGAGGAAUUCCUAAGGGAGUUCCUGGUGAAAAUCCUGAUGAAAUUCCUGGAGAAAUUCCGGGUAUAAUUCCUGGAGGAAAUCCUGGUAAAAUUCCUAAAGGAAUUCUGGGUGCAAUUGCAGGUGGAAAUCCUGGUAGAAUUUCUUGAGGAAUCCCAUGUGAAAUACCUGGUGAAAUUCUCGAAGGAAUUCCUGGUAGAAUUCCUGGAGAAAUUCGUAGUAGAAUGCCUGAAAAAAUCCUAGUGGGAUUCCCAAAGGAUUUCCGAAGGAAUUACAAAAGGAACUUCUGCUGGAAGAACUCUUGGCGGAAUAUCUAGUAGAAUUUCUUAAUGAAUCGUGGGGGAACUCCUGAUUGAAUUCCUGGAAAAAACCUCCUGAUGAGAAUCCUGGAAGAAUUUGGGGUGGAAUUAUUAGGAGCAUUCCUAGAGGUAUUCCCAUAGAAAUUUCACCAAAUGAAACAGGUGGAUUUCCUGCCGGAACUUUUGGUAUCAUUAUUGAAGAAAAUUUCUUAUGCAAUUCCUGCUGGAAUUCCCAGAGGAAUUUCUAGAGGAAUUUCUAUUGAAAAUCCUGGUAGAAUUCAUAGAGUUACUCCUGAGAGAAUUCUUAGAGUAGCUUUUUCUAGAAUUAUCGGAAGAAUUCAUGGUGGAAUUCUUAGUAGAAUUUUAGGUCAAAUCCCAGGUGAAAUUCAUGGAGGAAAUUCCUGUGGAAUUUCUGGAGGAAUUCUUAGUGAAAUUCCUAGUAGAUCUCCUUAAAGAAUUUCUAGUGGAUAUCGCGGAUGACUUCCAGAUGAAAUUUCUCGAGAAACUCCAGGUGGCAUAACUGAAGACACUACUGACUGACAAUUUUGGAAAUUCCUGAUGGAGUACUUGGAGGAAUUCCUAGAGGCAUUCCCAGAGAAACUUCACCAAGAGAAACUAGUGGAUUUUCUGGUACAGUUAUUGUAGAAGUUUCUUAUGCAGUUCCUGGUGGAAUUCGUUGUGGAAUUCCUGGAGGAAUUUCUAGAAGAAUUCCUGGUGAAACCCCUGGUGGUAGGAAUUCCUGCAGUUUUAAUUCCCUUAAGAAAUUCUUAGAAGAAAUUAUCAAAGAAUCUUUGGAGAAAUUGUAGGAUAAAUUGUCCGGGGAACUUCUGCUGGAAAAUUUUUUGGAGGAAUCCAUGGAGAAUCGUUGAAGAAUUUCAUAAAGAAAUGUUUGGAGAAAUUACUGUAAGAAUCCAUGAAAGAAUCGUUGCAGGAAUUCUAGGAAGAAUGUUUGGAGGAGUCAUUGGAGAAUUUCUGAUAGAAAGCUUUAGAUGGUUUGUAGGGACCCUCUCAGGAAUUCGUGGAGUAAUCCUUGGAGAAAUUAAUACAAGAAUCCUUUCAUAAAUUACUGAAAGAUUCCUUAGAGGAAUUCCUAUACCAACACUUGGGGGAAUUGCUAGAGGAAUCAUUGAAACAAAUUCCUUAGAGAGAUGCCGGGAAGACUUAUUGGAAAAAAAAAUCUGAUUAAAUCUCCGGGAAAAUCUUUUGAAUCUGGAAUGUUUUCUUGAGGAACGCCUAAAAAAUGUUUCGGAUAGGUUUCUGGAGAAUUCUUGGGCGAAUUCGUGGAGGAGCACUUGGAGGAAUCUAUGGAGAAAUUCCCGGAAGAAUCGUGGCUAGAAUGCUUGAUAGUUUUUCUGUAGGAAUUUUGAUGAAUCGUUGAGGAAAUUUCUUGAUGAAUUUGAAAAACUGUUAUCAUUCUGCAGAGCAAAAGUUUCUAAAAUCAGAUUCUUUCUCAAAUCAUUAGUUCUAAGCUCCAACUUUGCACUUUUAAGAAUAGCGUGUGUUCCGGAAUUAUUUUUUUUUUUUACCGAAACUCUAUCACUUGAACCCUCAUUCUCUACCACAAUUAUUUAAUUUCCCCCGAAACUACGUGACUCCCUUCGGUGACUUCAAGAUUCCUUCUGUAAUUUUACCCCUCCCACUCUAUUUUCUCGGAAUCAUCAGUUUAUGCCGCUUCCCGUCCCAUCAAAACCUCUAUUUUUCGUUGAUAAUAAUCAACCUGCACCUAGAAUCACUAGUCCACUUCCCUAAUCAUCAUGAAGAGCCUCUCAGGAUCACGGUAAUCACACCAAAUCAUUCAACAUGAACCUACAGCAGCGUCGUUCUUGUCAUUCAUACGCGCCACGCUGUUGCUAUUGGACGACGGACAAAGUGUGCUGUGCGCGCGGUUGCACGAUGCAAAACAAGACGCCAGCUCCAAUGACACAGUGGGGUUAAAUGAGCUUUCAUCUGUGGCAGAUACUGAGGCAAAUUAUUGAUACGAAAUAGGGUGUUCAAAUCGAAAUUGUAAGAAAACGAUAAGAGUUAGGAGUUUGACGUUAAAGAACGAAUUGUUAAGCAAGUCAAGGCGCACAAGUUUCUCUAAGAGAAAAAUUUAAUUUACCACGCAUUUUUCAAAGUUAAUAAGCAAAAACUUGUCAAAAAUAGCUAACUUUUAACUUUUUUGCCCUACAAAACUUACUAAAUUACAAAAACCAACAGGUUCAAAGACGUUAUUAGAUAGAAAAUUUAAUUAUCUUUCCAAUGCAAUCAAAAGAACUUUGAUAAGUUGAACCAUUUUGAAGUUACAGCCAGUUUAAGGCAAGCAUAGUCAAAAACAUUAAAAGUUCAAUAACUCCGAAACGGUUGAGAUUUGACCAUAUGCGUAGAACAAUUUUUUUCACCUAUUAUGGUCCUCUAUCACCCCCCGAAGGAUUAGCAUUAAGGAAAGGAACACCCUGUAUAUACACUGUGCUGUGAGUGGAAGUUGGAAGGGAGGGAAACGACUUUUUUCAAUUCGUUUCUGGUUCUAGCGAUGGCUAUGAACAUAUGAAUAUACAUGAGCUGUAUAUGUAGAGAAGAGAGAGUGAGAGAAAGUGGAUAGAAAGAUACAAAGUAGGAUGAAAAGGACGGGCCAGGGAUUGAACCCAUGACCUUCUGCAUACGAAUCAGAAGCGGUAGCCACUAGACCACCAAGCCCGUUCAACGAUCAAUUCUGACUAUACAUGUCAAUGGUUGCUCCUCCGUGAUUGAUCUGAACUGGUACCAGUUGCACUGAGAUCCAACUGAAUAAGGGGCUGGGACAUUCCACUUAUUCUCAAAGUGCAAUUUUAGCAGCUCAUGCAUAUUUGAUCAAUAACGGCGCCGGCCAAGUCCUUAUAGUCAGCUGGGAAGGGAAAGGAAUGUUAGAGUGUACUGGUUGUUGCUACUAGAGACCGAGAGCACACUGCGUCCCCACAAUGCAGCACGGACUGGGGUAUUUGUUAGACGGAAAGGAUGGGAGAUCUGGGAGUCACCGUUGGGUCGGUGAUGCGAUCCAUGGAUAGGGUUAUUUAUAGUAUUCGUGAUAGAUUGUGUGGUGAAUAAGGUGAAUGAGGUCAAGCGGCACAGCACGCUUUGGUUGCAUAACUUAUAGGCGUUAUAUACACUGUGCUGUGAGUGGAAGUUGGAAGGGAGGGAAACGACUUUUUUUUUCAAUUCGUUUCUGGUUCUAGCGAUGGCUAUGAACAUAUGAAUAUACACUCCCGUUCAAAAGUUUGGGGUCACCCCCUCAAAAACAUGUCAUUUUUUUAGGCCCAUAUCUCCGCCAAUUUGCGUUCGAUUUCAAAACCCUAGGUUUCAUUCAAAAGAUAAUAAAUCAAAGAAACUUUGAACAUGAUUUAAAAGAA